UUUUCUUUGCCUCUUUUUUCCGAGAGAAUAGGAGACUCAGACCGUUUGUGUCAAACCGCCACCAGUGACUGACUGUCAAAACUUUUUGUUUCGGUGUCUGUGUCGCUGCUGCUUUUCCCCUGCAUUGCUUUCCCACCUCUUUCUCCUCCAGAAAAGGCGAACCGGUCCGAGUGUUCCGCGCAUAUUGAAAGCAAACGAGACAUCGACCUUCUCACAUCCCAUAUUGCCCCUAUUUUACCCUACUUGACCUAUUGCUAACAAUGCCAGUCGUGAACAUACCAAUCAAAAUACUUGGUCAGAAUCAAUCACAUAGUCGAAGUAACUCCUCGUCUUCUGUUGACAACGAUCGAAAUCAACCACCACAGCAGCCACCUCAACCGCAACCACAACAGCAAUCUCAGCAACAAUACCAGCAGGCUCCAAACGUGAAUACCAAUAUGCAUCAUUCCAACGGAUUCUCACCUAACUUCCCAUCUCGUAGUCCUAUUCCGGACUUUCCCAGUUUUUCAUCUGGGUUCCCAAACGAUUCUGAAUGGUCUUCGAAUUUCCCGUCGUUUCCAAAUUUCCCAAGUGGAUUCUCAAAUGGAAGUUCUAAUUUCCCUGAUUUUCCAAGAUUCGGAAGAGAUGGAGGACUAUCGCCAAACCCACCGAUGCAAGGAUACAGGAGAAGUCCAACACCAACAUCAACUCAAUCUCCAACUUCUACAUUAAGACGCAACUCUCAGCAGAAUCAAGCUCCUCCACAAUAUUCUCAGCAACAACCACAACAAGCUCAACAACGUCAGACAACUCCUCCGUCAACAAAAGCUUCAUCUCGACCACCAUCUCGUACUCGUGAACCAAAGGAACCUGAGGUACCCGAGAGACCAGCAGUUAUUCCAUUGCCAUAUGAGAAGAAGGAGAAACCACUGGAGAAGAAAGGUAGUCGUGAUUCUGGAAAGGGUGAUGAGAACCUUGAAGAGAACAUUGCCAAGAUCACGAUCGGAAAGAAUAAUUGCGAGUUAUGUCCGGAACAAGAAACGGACGGCGACCCAUCUCCACUAACCUCCCCAAUCACCGAAGGAAAGCCAAAGAGAGGAAAGAAACUUCAACGUAAUCAAAGUGUUGUUGAUUUCAAUGCCAAGACAAUUGUUACUUUGGAUAAAAUUGAAUUACAAGUUGAGCAGUUGAGAAAAAAAGCUGCUGAACUCGAAAUGGAAAAAGAGCAAAUUCUUCGUUCUCUAGGAGAAAUCAGUGUUCAUAACUGCAUGUUCAAACUGGAAGAAUGUGAUCGUGAAGAGAUUGAAGCAAUCACUGACCGAUUGACAAAAAGAACAAAGACAGUUCAAGUUGUUGUCGAAACUCCACGAAAUGAAGAACAGAAAAAAGCACUGGAAGAUGCAACUUUGAUGAUCGAUGAAGUCGGAGAAAUGAUGCAUUCGAAUAUUGAAAAGGCUAAGCUGUGCCUACAAACCUACAUGAACGCCUGUUCGUACGAAGAAACUGCUGGAGCCACCUGCCAAAACUUCUUGAAGAUCAUAAUUCAGUGCGCUGCUGAUGAUCAGAAACGCAUCAAGCGUCGUCUGGAAAAUCUGAUGUCUCAAAUUGAGAAUGCUGAGAGAACGAAAGCAGAUUUGAUGGAUGAUCAAAGCGAAUAGAAAUUGUGUAAAUUGUGUAUAGAUACUCAUGUUUUUUCUAGUAAGUAUUGCCUAAUUUUGACAUGAAUCUCUUUUGUCUCCAGCCCUUUUUUUAGAGUGUCUUUUGUGAAUUUCUGUUGAAAUCUUUGUAGAUUUUUUUGCUGAUUGAUGUCUAUUUAAAUGUUUCUGUGAUUUUUCAUGAGUUUUCAGAGCCAUAGAAUUUUCAUUCAUAAUUCUUCCAUUCUUUUUCACUCGUUUUGUCAUUCAUUCAUUCCUCCUACGGUUGUCCCUUUUCUGGAACUUGUCCCUCUUCGUUUCUCAAAUUCAAAGCACAAGUAAUUGUUCAUUUUUAUUUUAUCAUGUUUUUUUUUCUUCAAAAUUUGUUUUACAACAAUCUGAAUAAAUAAAUAGUGGAUGGCAAAAAAAA